AUGAGAGGCGAGCUCACACCUGCAUGGGACUCUGGGAACACCACCUUUUGGGAGGAGUACUCUGACAUUGCCUUUGUAGUUGCCAACAGCUUGAUCCUGUUGAUCACCUGUGCCGUGGGGAUUGGAGCAAAUCUUUUUGUCAUACUGGCAGUUUAUCAACAAAAAUCCCUGCAAAAUGUGAACAAUGCACUGGUGGUGAACCUCGCAGUCAUAGACCUCCUGAGAUGUUUGAUUGACUGCCCCAUUCUCCUAACCAUAGUCAUCACUGUGAACCACAGAGGACACGUACACCAGUUAAUCUGUGAUACACAAGUGGCCUUUUUCUCUUUCAGCUGCUGCAUCCAACUGUUGACUCUGGCCAGUAUCAGCGCAGAGCGGUACCAGGCCAUCGCCCGACCCUUCACCACCACUCAGAGGCGAAGACGGAUUAUGGUUUUGAUUCCUCUAAUGUGGACCUUGGCUAUUCUGGUUGCUGCCUUUUGUCUGAUACUCAUGAAGGACUCUCCGGUGCAUGAAAGAUGCACAGGACUAUCAAUGGAAACAUCAUCCAGCUAUGACACCUUUGGACUUUACAUGUUGUUCCCACUGUGGGCAGCUUGCAUUAGUGUUAUCAUUGGAUUCUACACAAGCAUAUUUCUCCUUGUGAGAACACACAAUCGCAAAAUAUUUGACAAAGGUUCUUUUCCUCUUUCAAAGAAAGACAAAACAGAAGAUGAGCAGAAGAAAGAAGAAACCACAGCAGUGGAAAAUGGACACGGAAAAUCUGAGCAAAACCUGAGCAAAAGUGUUGCUGGGGGGAAACUACCAGCUGAACAAAAUGUUUCUAACAAAGAUUCUGCGGAUGCUAUACUGGCCUCGACAAAAGCUCCACAAUGUGCAUCACUUGGUUCAGAGAUGAAAAAGGAAUUAAAAAACACAUUAGUGAUAUCUGACUUGGAAACAGAAACACUUCAUCCCCCUGCAUUGCAGGUUGCAGAGCAGUCUGAGACGAAGCCUUUAAAAGCAGAGCAGCCCAAUCCCUGUGGCACAGAAUUUGAGGUGAAACUAUCAAAUGGAGAUGCUGCUAGUGUUAAGAGCUCAACCACAAUGCCACAGAAGGUGUCAAGCAAUUUCAACACAGAAAAGCCAUCCAAAGAAAGAGUGAACAUCGACGAAGUGCCCUCUGAAAUGAAAGAAGCCAGCCCCCAUGUUCACUCGUCUGCACAGUUAGAAAAUCCAGAACCCACUUCUGUUUUACUGAUUGAACCAAAACAAGAUAAGAGCAACAAUGGAGGAGAAACACUGAAUGUUUCUACAGCAGAUCAGGGGUCUUCAUUACCCCCCGACUCAAGUAAUGUCCCAGAAGCAGAUGCUACUAAACAAGAUGUGGAAGGUGCUGUUUGCAUGAUGCCUUCCAAAGCAAGUAGAGAGAGAGCAAGCAAAAAGAAGGAGAGCAAAAUGGCGAAGCGUGCUGGCUACAUCAUUGUAACCUUCCUCUUGUUCUGGCUACCACUGAUCAUCACUAUCCUGAUUAAUUGUGUUGUUCACGGAAACAAAAACCCACAGGUGAAAGUCAUUAAUGAAGUGGAGAUCCUGUCAGUGUCUGUCACCUGCAUCACAUCACUGAGUAACCCAAUCAUAUAUGCAGCAGUGAACCCUCAGUUUAGGACGGAGUUUUAUAGGUUGAAAACAAAAUGUGUGUCCAGAUUCACUAAGAAGUGA